UGAGACAUAUAAAAAAAAAAAACAAAAUUCUCCAAAAAAAUCAUAUAAAAAAUGCCACAUUAUAGUUAAUCUACAACGAGAGCGAGAAAAACUACGAAAAUAGCGGAAAACUCUAUAAUAAUAUAGCAAAAACAUAUUACUUCACUCACGAAACUGAAAGCAAAACCACUUUGUGAGCACAGGAAGAAGUUGCUGCCACAGAUUGUUGCCACACACACACAUUCAAGCUCAUAAAUUCGACAUUGAGGCUGCCCAUGCUGAUGCUGCCGUCUAAAGGCAUUUCAGUGCACAAAAUGCGGCGUACACAGAUACAAUUGUUAUGGUGUGUGCUUCUCCUGCUGGCAUACUUGAGCCAAGGCAGUGCUGAAACGAAGCAAUUCCGCACGCCAGCGCGCGUUCUGGCCAAGCAGACGGGCGCUACACAGUUUGAGGAGGAGCGCUACGAGACGCACACAAACUGCAACGAGCACAAGCACCAUCUGAAGAAGCGCGCCUCCGACGAGGACGUGGACUAUGAGGUCUAUCAGGGUGUUGUGGGCAGGCCAGGCAUAGAUUUUCCUAUCUAUCCGCGCAUACCAAAGACCACAUUCAGCUGUCGCUCCUAUGGCAAUGGCUACUUUGCCGAUAUGGAAACGGAUUGUCAGGUUUUUCACAUAUGCGAGGAAGGCCGCAAGAUAUCAUUCCUUUGCCCCAACGGCACCAUCUUCCAGCAAAGCGAGCUUACGUGUGACUGGUGGUUCAAGGUCAACUGUCUGGGCUCCUCCGGUUACUAUGCAGAGAGUUCUGAGAUUUUGAACAAGCAGCGCGUUCAUCGUGUUCGUCCUUCAGUGCCCGUGCAGGGCUUUAAUAUUGUUGGCGGUGGAUUGAAUAUCAAGCCAAAGGUAGCUCCAGUUGCGAGUCAAGGACGUGCCAUCACUCGUGGCGGUAGCAAGUCCGACAGACGCAUCGACUCCACGGAGGAGCUGCAUGCUUCUCUGGAGAGCGUCGACUUCGAUGAUGUCUCCGGAGAGAAGCAGCGCAAAGUGCUGCCUAGCAUAGACAACAACAGCAACGACCAUGAGUCGCAAAUCACAGCCGAGAGUUCGUCGUUUGUGAGCGGCACAGGCAAGCGACGCAACAACAACAACAACAACAAUAACAACAACAACAACAAUAAGAACGGCAACAGCAACAACAAUGGAAAUUCCAAUUCCAGUCCUAAUAGCAGUGAUGAUUCGACCAUUUUGAAGCCAACACGAAGCCGCAGCAGCGUCAGUAGCGGUUCCUCUCAGGAGUUUAGGGAGCGCGCACGCAAUGGCCAGCGUGGACAACAGCGCUACAAAGAUCUCGAAAGCGAGGAGCAGUACAGCAAGGAGAAAAACAAAGAGAAGCUAAAGGACAAACCAGAAUUCUUCGAAGCCUACUCAAUACGGCCCGUUCAGCAGACGACACCACAUUAUACGCCCAGCAGCCAUUCCACUGUGCGGCGCCUAGAGCCUAGCAAGUCAACGCCCUUCUAUACGCCAACUGUGCCCAGCGUACCGAAGUCCAAGUCCACAGAAGGCAAGCUGAACUAUAUUAAGGGAGGUCAUGCCGCUACUACGCCCAAUCCGAAUCGUUUUGGCAGUGCAGCCAUCUCGGGUCUGUUCCUGGAAGCCAAGCCCACAGCUGGCGCCAGCCUGGAACUAGACAGCACCUACAGACCCAUCAUCAUAGGCAUGCGUCAUCAUUACGAUGUGGCCAGCUCCGGGGAGUUGAAGCCGCCCAAGAAGAGCGAAAGUCGUGACUAUUUGCCCACAACGCCAGCACCGACGGCUACGAGCAGCGGACCCACCUACUUGCCCAAAGUAGGUGCAGUUGUGCCCAGAUCCAAUUCAGCUGCAGGCGGUGAGGAGGCUCUGCUUUUUGCUCCUAACCCUGUCAAGGAGGAUUCUGUUUAUCGCAAUGUCCAGGAUAUGCUCAAGACGGUUAAUCUGCUAAAGGAUAAAUUCGAAGAUGUGGAGCUGCAUGCACAGCCUGCGAGCAACGGACGCGCUGGCCUGGAAAUUCCACCCUCUUCCGGACCAGAUGCACUCGUAUCGCUGGCCAAGUACUUUGCCCAGGAGCACAAUGAAUCAAGCAAUUCUCUGGUCAAGUCGGAGAAGAGUGGAGUGCACACCAAGCUCUCGGUGAAGGCGCCAGCACCAAUAUUGCCCACGGCCAAGCCCUCCGACACGACGGCCACACUAACUACCUCAGAGACGCCGCCGAACAUCAGCGAGCAAGCAGAUGACAUCAAACAGAGUCUGCUCAGCGCCAAGACUGUGCAGAAAUAUAGCAAUCUUUUUGGCUUGAAGGCUGUCAAGGGCCGUGGAUCACUUGAGGGUCAGGCUGAUAUAAGCGCGGGCUUACUGUCUAAUGAGACACAGUCGCCAGCCAAGUCGGCGGACUAUCAGCCAUUCCCACAAAUUGGCAGCACCGGCUCAACCAUUGGAAAACUGGCCGAGCAGCCCGAGUCGCGGAAGAUAGCUCAAAUCUUCUCGAACGCACUGACCAGCUACCUUGAUAAUCCCGGAAGCUUCCGUGCGGAGCUGGCAGCACGUGCGCGACCCACAGAGCCGCCAAACUUUAAGCCCGUGACUACAACGGAUGCCUCAUUAUUCAGCGAUGGCACGGCCAAGUACUAUUUGCCCACCAAACCCUCACCGGAUGUGACCACGCCUCAAAAUAUUGCGCUUGAGAUAAACCACAAGUUCGACUCAACUCCUGCGCCGGAAUACUCCACGACCACAGAGCUGUACGAGCUGAGCACGAGCAGAGGUCAGGACUCGGAGCUGGAACUAUCGGCAGAGCUGUCGCCGCCCAGUCCCGACUCGGGCGAAGGCGACGAGUUCCUGCAGCAGCAGCAGACGCAGUCGUUUGUCAAGUCCCGCAACGAUUUGCUGAAGGACGCACGUCCCCAAAAGCUCAUCACGACACACAAGCCCACAGAGCACCCAUGGGCGCUGAAAUCCCAAACAGACUUCCUCGAUCCACUGACCAUCAACGAUGCGCUGAUGAAGGAGCAGCGCACUACGACCACUACAUCCAGCACCUCAGCUCCGUUCACCUAUUCGCCCAGAUCACUGGGCAGCAGCGCAGCCACAGUCGCGCCCGUGCACUACGAAUGGGAUGAUAUAUUCCGUAGCUAUGACAUACCACGCGAUGCGCUGCCGUCUAGCAGCGGGCUGCAGCGCAUUGCCAACAAACUGUUUGGCGGCCUCAACGAACAGGAGGCGCUUCAUUUGCGCAACGUGAUGGCCAAGGCAGAGCAUGAUCGCCAGGUGCUGAGCCUGCUGCUGCUGCUCAUCCAAACCUGCGACGAUCACAAUGGCAAGGCAUUGGAACGCUCUCGCAAGCAUCUGCUUAAUGCACUCAUCGACAUCGACAGCAAGAUACCCAGCAAAAAUGCAUCCAGGCAGCAGCAGCAACAGCUGGCAACGACUACGUCGCGUGUGCCCGUGACCACAUUCCGACGCACUGGCAAUGCGGAUUACUAUACAAGCACCACGGCCGGCUAUACGACCAGCACGGAACUGCCGCCGUUGUCCACCAGCACCACAGCGCCGGGCAGCUACGAGGAGACCACCAAAUUCGAAAUACGCGUCGAGGAUGUGGACGAUGUUGAGUUGACGGCAACGACAUCGACGCCAACGCCGGCGCACCCAGAGAUCCAUUCGGAUCGUCGGGCGCUCGAGCUGCUCAAGUCAUUAUAUUCGCUGGCAUCAAAGUUUAGCAGCAGGCGAUAG